AUGCGCGGUGUGAAGAGGGGGAAUGGUACUGGGGAGAGGAUAUUUGCAACUUCGCAUUGUUUACCAGCCCUGGACAAGUCACUCGCCAUUGAACAAUCUUCAAAAAGCAUAAUGAAGUCAGGCGAACUCCCGAUGUACCGAAACUUUUCUACAACCCGCCCAAAGGAAGGAUGGAAUAUCUUCAAGAUAGCCAAGAUGCGACGACUCGGGCAAUUGCAGGCGCCUCCUCCCCCACCGGAUGAGACGUCGCCAGGCUCAACGGGGUUUAGUAGUAGCCUAGGUCGCAUCAUGCGGCCUACAAAUGAGCUCAAAAUGCGUUGUACGGAACUAGACGAGCAUGGCAAUGUCACGCUCGUUAGUGGGGAGUUCAAAAAGAGCGAGUUGAUCGCCAAGUACGGGCUUCUUCCUCGUGAUCUCCGAAAGAUUGACUCCUCGCUCCUUCCCCAUAUCCUCGUUCGACCCUCCGCUAUCCUUAUAAACCUUCUCAAUCUGCGCGUGUUGUUGAAGCACAACCGCGUCCUCGUAUUCGAUGCAUACGGCACGACCGAUUCGAAGUCGCAGUCCGUAUUCAUGUACGAUCUCGAUCUCAAGCUGCGUCAGAAAGAAUCGACUUUAAACGGUACCCUUGCAUACGAAUUCCGAGCCCUCGAAGCUGUCCUGAUAAGCGUGACACUAAGUUUGGAAAAGGAGUUUGAAGGUGUCAGUGAGCCAGUCGUACGUGUCCUGAGGGAACUAGAAGAAGACAUUGACAGGGACAAGCUGCGGUAUCUGUUGAUCUACAGCAAAAAGCUCGGUAGUUUCGAACAAAAGGCUCGAUUGGUCAGGAACGCACUUGAGGAAUUACUGGAAGCAGACGAUGACUUGAGCGCUAUGUACUUGACGGAAAAGGCAGAGGGCAAGACACGCGAAGACGACGACCACACUGAAGUCGAAAUGCUCCUGGAAUCAUACCAUAAAGUCGCUGAUGAAAUCGUACAAGCAGCCGAGAACUUGGUGUCGAGCAUUAGGAACACAGAGGAAAUCGUCAAAGCCAUCCUCGACGCCAACCGCAACUCUCUCAUGCUGCUCGACUUGAAGUUCUCCAUUCUCACCCUCGCAAUCACAGCUGGAACCUUUGUCGCAGCUCUCUACGGAAUGAACCUGAAGAACUUUAUCGAAGAGUCCGAUUUCGGCUUCUACGGCAUAAGCGCCUGGUGCUCAGUCUUCGGCGCCAUCGUUGCAGUCUACGGUCUACACAAGCUCCGCAAAGUACAACGCGUCAGUAUGUACGGCCAUGGACCGCAUGCCCUUGGCACCAGAGAACCUAUUCGACCUGCAAUCGCCGGUGGAGGCGGGUGGGGCGUAGGAGCUUGGGGCGGUGGUAGCAGGAAUGGUGUCAGCAGGGGCGACAUGGGGAGUACGAUGAUGACUGGACACGGAGAUCUGGGGGGUGUAAGCAAGAGGGGGGAUACACUGUCGAGUAUCAUGGAGAGGGAGAGGGCGUUGGCGAGGAAGCUGGGCAAAGUCGAACGCGGCAUUGACGAUGCUACGAAGUACUGA